CUCCACUGCGACAAGCCUUAGAACAUCCCGCAAGAUCCAAAAGACGUUAACACUUCUCUGGAGCCUCUGUAAGAUUAAGUCUUGUUCUCCUCCCCAUCCCACUCAUCCCACCCUCCCCACCUCACCCUUACACUUCAUCCUCCAUCGUCCUCAAAGCCUCACCCACACCGCCACAAAGAAACACCCUUCACUGCGGCAAGCUUGGAGCGACACCCCGCAACAUCUGUCAUCCACAACCACCGAUACUAACACCACCACCACUACCACCACCACCACAGAAACAAAAUGGCAGGCGCAGCGCCCGCUCCGAACAAGUCCCCAGUCCCUGAAGUCUCUGAUAUCCCGGAGACUAAAGCCGCCGAGAGUGCUAGGCUUUCCGAGGAACCUACCGCCGUUCCACAGGCCAACCAGGACGAGCCAGAGCAGGGCAACGGGCCGACAUCUGUCGCUGAAGACGGCGAACAGGGAGAGGCCAUGGACACGUCCAAGGACGUAGUCGAAGCCGAUGACACCCCGCAGCAAGGAGACGCAGCCGAAACGUCGGAAGAUGAGGACGACGACGAACCCCAGGUCGCACCCCUGAGGGAACACUACACGCACGAGAAAUUGUGCAUGAUACGUUUCUUCAGGGACGAUCUAGGCAAGGACUGGCGCUCAGUCGCGCGGAAGUAUAACGAGCAUUGGUACCCCGAUCACCCCAAGGGUGUCUGUAAGGACGCCCUGUACUCAAGGUACAAAAAGGAAGUACCUAAAGAGCGUCGUGGCAAUGCCGGAAUCUUAGGGGUUGAUGACGAAUGGGUGUGGGUGGGCGAACAAUACAAGGCCGUCCCGCAAGCUGGCCCCCCAAAGGACGAGUCAGCGACGGAAGUAGAGAACCAGGAAGCGACAUCUGUCGCUGAAGACGGCGAACAGGGAGACGUCAUGGACACGUCCAAGGACGAUGUCGAAGCUGAUGACACCCAGGAACAAGGAGACGCCACCGACACCUCGGAAGACGAGGACGCAGACGAAUCCCAGGUCGCCGCCCUGAGGGAAACUUACACGCACGAGAAAUUGUGCAUGAUACGUUUCCUUAGGGACGACCUGGGGAACGACUGGCCCUCAGUUGCGAGGAUGUAUAACGAGUAUUGGUACCCCGAUCACCCCAAGGGUGUCUGCAAGGACGCCCUGUACUCAAGGUACAAAAAGGAAGUACCUGAAGAGCAGCGUGGCAAUGCCGGCAUCUGCUUGACCGACGACGACUGGGUGUGGGUCAGGGAAUUCUACUGGCAAGGACGUUGGCGUGAGUCUUCUCCAUGAGCGAUGGCCCGGAAGAAGGUCGUCGAGAUGUUCUCCUCAAGGUCCGUCAGGCGGGUGUUCAGAGAUCGGUUUCGUUCAGCUUGGGUAUUCCUCAUCUGUUUUAGUUCGGGGCGGGGGAGCUCCAGGACUUUCGGUACGAUUAGUGUGUUCGGUGUUUGUCUUUCGGUCUGGUUGGUUUUCAUGCGGUUGCUUUCCUCGAAAUCGGUGGCGUUUAGUUUGGGUUUUCUUCAUCUGUUUUAGUUCGGAGCGGGGGAGCUCCAGCACUUUCAGCGCGAUUAGAUUGUGUUCGAUGUUUUUCUUACGGUAGGGCGUCGAAGUUAGGAAGUUUGGUGGUGG